CCAUGACUGUCAUGUCCGUCAUGUUCCAUGCGUUUUGUUUCGAAUGGAGUCGUUCCUGUAUUUACGGAAGCCUCUACGCUCCCUGGGGCUUUGGGUCCGUCAUCAUCUGCAACAGAAAAAGCGUUGGAGGCUGUAUACGUUACGCUGAUGAAACGGCUGCCCGUCUGUGGGGACGCCGGUCGAUCGAAACCUGUGGUUCUUGAAACGCUUUCGGAACUCUUGUUUGAACAAGUUCGAUCUGUCAGGGCUGCUGAGCACAGCUUUGCUUCGUCUGGCCCACCCUCCUCGCGGGCCGUUCCUCUGCAAGCUCUGUCCUUACUCCUCGAAUCGCAAGGACACGCUCAUACAGCACGUGCGGACACACACGGGGGAGAAGCCGCACAAGUGCCGGUACUGCUCUUACGCGGCCAUCCAGAGCACGGCCCUGAACAGGCACCUGAAGACGAAGCACAAGGAGGAGACGAUGCUCGAGCAGUGGAACAAGGACCUCCAAGGAGAGCCCAUAACCAGACUCCAACACCUAUGACCGAACGCUGUCGCGUUGACGGGACUCAGGUUGCUUUCGCUCUUAUCCCACAAUCGGCCAUUGCUGAGGAAUCGAAAGCGCUGCAGAAAAUGAAUCCACCUGACCACCCACGCUGUCGCUGCUGGGCUCGAGAUAACUGGUUCUGUUCCAGCUUUGCGUGGUAGCUAUGUGAAGGAGGUAAACGGGGCAUACCUGCCAUGACUGCGUGUUUCUGAGCACCGUUAAGACCACAGUGAUAAGUUUAUUCAUUGGCAGUGAUGAUUCAACUGUCAGUU